CUGAAAUCGACCUAGGCACCUGUCAAGAGACGAUGGAGAAUGGGGAACCCGAGACCCCCCACAGCGCUAAGGGAGGGCGCGAGGAGGAGCUUACAGGACUGCAUAUAUGUGGUGGGAUUCCUGGAUCUGUUUGGUGUGAGUAUGAUUGUACCUUUAUUAAAUCACCACAUCAAAUCCCUUGGAGCAAGUCCCACUACAGCAGGGUUAAUAGGAUCGUGUUAUGGAGUUCUUCAGCUUUUUUCUAGUUCAAUAGUGGGAAGUUGGAGUGAUAUUGCUGGUCGAAGGUAUUCACUAGUUACAUGUCUUGUCGUGAGUGCAUUUGGUUAUGGUCUUCUUGGCUUGUCAACCAACAUUUUCAUAUUUGCAAUUGCUAGAGUACCUUUGGGAAUUUUUAAACAUUCCCUCUCCAUUUCAAAAGCAUUCCUAUCAGAUGUUGUGCAAGAGCAAGAUCGCCCUCUUGUAAUAGGAAGAUUUAAUGCAGCGUCUAACAUUGGGUUUAUUCUUGGACCUGUGAUUGGUGGUUAUCUCACAGAACUACAUGGUGGAUUUUACAUAACCUCCCUCCUCUGUUCUUCCAUUUUUUUUAUAAAUGCUGGUCUUGUGUGGAUAAUGCUUCCAAUUGAAGACACACUGAGUAUUGCAGUGCCAUUAUCUAAUGAGUCUAAUGACUGCAAUGAUUUUAACAAAAAUACUAAAUUAUCUCAGCCAUCCAAUGGGAUAGUUAAAACUAAUUCUACCCAGGAGCUGCACAUUCAAGUUAUGUCUAUAUUCAAAAACGUUGCAGGAGUAGCCUUCUCUCAUAUGUGGCACAUAUUUUUGGUUCACAUGCUUACUGCUAUCUCAGUCAUGCUUUACUAUAGUAAUUUUGCCUUAGCAAUGGAAGAAAGAUUCCAUAUGACUCCCCGUUCCACUGGCUACUUAAUAAGUUAUGGUAGCACACUCGGAGCUCUUGCUGGACUUUUACUUGGACCUCUUUCCAGAGCUUAUAAAAAUAAUUCCUACACAAUGCUGUUACAUUCAAGUUUCUUCACAUUUUUUUCUAUCUUGGCAUAUUCAUUAGCAUCUGAUAUCUGGAUUGUUGUUUUAUCUUCAACAUUUUUGACAGUUUCUACCAAUAUAGGAAGGACUUGUAUUGUAGACCUUGAGCUAACAGUUGCUGAGAAAUAUGGUAGUGGUACACUCAUAGGUGUUGGCCAGACAAUAACAUCAGUGGGCCGGAUACUUGUCCCUCUCUUCUCAGGAAUUGCACAAGAAUAUAGCCCCCGUGGACCUCCUCAGCUUGGUGCAGUAUUGUUAGUAGCAUCAAUAGUUAUUAUGUACAAAAAUAAAUCUAUUUACCGUCGAUCUUCACACAACAACAAAAAAGAGGAAUAAAAUUACUGGUUGUAAUUUUUUUGCACCAAAGAGACAAAUUUGUAUCAGAAGAACUGUCUUCUACAAUUGAAAGCGUAAUCACAAAUGUUAUUUGGGUAAUCGUGUAAGUAUGUGAAUAUGAAUAUAUGUAAAUUGUUAGUAUUGGCAAAUGUGUUGUCAAACAUAUGGCUAAUCAAUUUAAUUUUUAUAUAAGCAUAGUAUAUAUCAGCAAGAUCUGAAUAGAAAAAUAAAUGUUUUCAAAUUAAAUUCUGUGGUUUUGUUAGGGCAGUCCCAUGGAUGUACCACUUGGAAAUUAUGUUUCUGGUUUUCUCUUUUCUUUUGUGGUUAGAAACUGUAAAUUGACUUUUUCUCUGACAUAAGCAACCCUAUUGCUUUGCAGGGUAAGUUAAAGGUCACUAUUUUUUCCAUUGUAUUUCAUGGUUUCUUUUCAUAGCCUUACUUGAAUCCAGGGGUAGAACUCUAAAAAAAAAAAAAUAAUAAUAAAAAAAAUUGCUGGCAUUUGACCCUGUGUUGCUGCUAUAUAGCAUGCCGUUUCAACUAGGUUUCAGUUGGCUGCGAUUAGCGGGCGGGCGGGCAGGCAGGCUGCCACUAAAUUCUAGGUGGCUCUUUGAGUACCCAGCAUGCUGAAGCCUAGGAUGAGAUCACUGCAUGUGCAUGUAGUAAUUACUAAAUGUGCUGCAUUGUGUUGGAGGAUCAGCUGCUAACUGCUGAGCAGACAUCAUGGGACAGAGAUUUAACGUGCCUAUCGAUGCCAAAGUAAAUUUUGUUUACACACUGUCACCAAUGUUUCUUACAUCCACUGCAGCAUAUCAUUCUUUACUUUUAGUUUUUCCGAUGUGCUACAAAAGAUAUAUAAUAAAUUGACAAAUACAUUAAGUGAAAUUAGUAAUUCAUUUUUAUACUUUUUUAUUCACACUGCCACACGUGCCCCUGCACAUUAGCCUUUAUUUUUUUUAGUUUAGUGUAGUGUUUAAUAAGUAAUAUGCUACAUAACUAAAUAAAGGAUCAUGUGUACGGAGAGAAGAUAUGGGCACUUGUGGCAGUGUCAAAGAGUAAAAAAAUGUAUUAAAGCUUCAUUAUUAAUUUUUUAUUUCUACUACCACGACCACCCACUGCAACAAAAAGCAUUUAGUUCUCAUGCCUUGUUCAGUACUUUAGAGCUCAUAGACUCUAUGUAGACAAUAUUGUAGUAGGGCUUUUCUUUAUAGACUCAUUGUGAUGAUUGUGUAUUCCAGCUAUACUAGUCUUAAAAUGUAUAAAUGCUCUCACUUCUUCGUUAUUUACAAAAUUAAUUUCCUUUCUCUCUUUUAAAUGCGUUGGCCUCUGUUGCAUCAUUGCAUUUAUCUGUACUCUUUGGCACAACUUAUGUAUCCAAGCUAUUAAAUUUAUACUUAGCAUCAAUAAAUGUAGCUACCCAUCCCAUUUAAAGGGACAAUAUAGUCAAAAAUAAAGUUUCAUGAUUCAGCUACAAUUUACUUGCAUUAUAAAAUGGUGUAUUUGUAUAUGCACACUUUCUGAGGCACCAGCUACUACCAAGCAUGUGCAAGAAUUCACAGUGUAUAAGUAUAUGAUCCUGUGAUUGGCUGUCACAUGAUACAGGGGGCCAUCAAAUUGUAGUACAUUUUUUAAUUUGUCAAAUAAAUAUGCUGCUCAUUUAAUAUUCAGAUUAA